AUGUGGCACAACAUGAUCGAAACAUCGAUGCAUUUCCUCCAAAGGGGCGAUUUAUACUCCACAGUCAAGCCAUAUUCGCUUCGCUUCGAGCCUCCGGAGGGCUUCGAGCGCUCAAACAUAAAACUGGAGAGACGCGAGGACCUCAAGAUCGAGGAUGCUCGACCGAUCAUCAAGGACUUCUCACUGGAGAAGGAAGGUUUCAAGAUCGUGAACAUGGAGUCCAAGAUGGCAUACGACGACUUCGAGGACGAUACGAAACUUGUUCAGGUCUAUCUGAGCGAGAUUGCCAACACCCUAAGAGAGCUACUCGGAGCCGCUCACGUCCAGAUCUUUGAGCACACGGUCCGCAAACGUCAUCCAGAAUUUCCUGUUGCGACUGGUGAGCCCUAUCAGUGGAACCAGCCUACUUCAAUGGCACAUGUCGACACGACAGCAACCUGGGCUGCAGACAUGGUACGUCGCCUCAAUGGCGAUGAGAAGGCGGAGAAGCUUCUGCAAGGUCGAGUUCAAUGUGUGAACACCUGGAAGCCUUUGCGAGGCCCUGUGCGAGACUGGCCCUUAGCACUCUGCGACGCACGUACCGUCGAAUCCUCCACCGAUUUUGAAGCCGCAGAUCUGGUGUACGCGGAAUACGUGGUGGAAAACCGCCAGAUUUAUCGAUCGGAUCGUCACAAAUGGUACUACAUCAGCGACCAACAACCGAAUGAGAUGUGGGUCUUCAUGCAGUCCGACUCAGACCCUACAGGUAUAUCUGGUGUUGCGCACUCUGCAUUUCCUAAUCCGGCCAGUGUGCCUUCAGAGCCUCCAAGAGAGAGUGUUGAGGUCAGAGCUCUGGUUUACUAUGCUGAUGCUGAGCUUGCGCAUGGCAACCAGAGUAGACGCACUUGA